AGGUCAUUAUGCGCCCAUCUUGCCGCUGCGAAUACCUUCACGAUAGAUCAUUUGCUUGACCCUGCCCAUUCAGCUGUGAUCGAGAAGGCGCAAUUCUUCUACAUUGCUGGGUUUUUCUUGACUGUUUCACCUCCAUCAAUCAUGCAUAUCGCCGAGCAUUCAUACAAACACAAUAAGAUCUUCAUGUUCAAUCUAGCUGCGCCUUUUAUCUCACAGUUCUUCUUCGGAGCUUUGAAAGAGGUCCUCCCCUAUGUUGACAUUAUAUUUGGAAAUGAAGACGAGGCAGCAGCUUUUGCCAAGGCUGCAGAGUUAGGCACCACCAAAAAUGAAGAGAUUGCUUUGAGAAUUGCGCAAUGGGAAAAAAAGUCAUCCAAGCCGCGAAUCGUAGUUAUCACUCAGGGAGCUGACCAGGUCAUAGUUGCAGUUGGAGACAAAAUUGAACAUUAUCCUGUGCCAAAAAUUCCAAAAGAAAAGAUCGUUGACACAAACGGAGCUGGAGAUGCUUUUGUGGGAGGUGAGGAAAUCAAUAAGCGAAAACUUCCGUGGUUCAGUCCUCCAUGUCUAGAGUUCUUCAAACCUUCUCAGAUUUAUGCGAUAAGCUAA